UGCUUCUAAGCGAACUGAAUCGAAAGCGUCAUCGACAAAAAAAUGAUCUGAAAAGUGAAAACCCCCAAUUAGUCAGGAGGUCUCUCCAGUACCUUGGUUUUACAGCUCCGAUCGGCGAAGACCUAAUCGUCUUCAUCCGUCAGAUUACCAACACCAACCCACAAACAAAAUCAAUGGCUGCGAUCUUCGCUCGCAACUCUCUCAACUCUCUCCGGGCUCGACACCUCGCUGUGUCGGGGCAAGUUUUGCAGGGUUCACAGCAGUAUGGGCUGCGACUCACUGCACACUCAUACAGCACCAAGAAAGAUGAUGAAGAAAGAGAGCAGCUUGCAAAGGAGAUUUCAAAAGACUGGAGUGCUGUUUUUGAGCGAAGCGUAAACACAUUGUUUCUAACCGAAAUGGUUCGGGGUCUCAUGCUGACACUCAAGUACUUCUUUGACAGAAAAGUUACUAUUAACUAUCCAUUUGAGAAGGGUCCAUUGAGCCCUCGUUUUCGAGGGGAGCAUGCUCUCCGCCGAUAUCCAACUGGAGAGGAACGUUGCAUUGCCUGUAAACUUUGUGAAGCUAUAUGCCCAGCACAGGCAAUCACAAUAGAGGCUGAGGAACGAGAGGAUGGAAGUCGUCGGACAACGAGGUAUGAUAUCGACAUGACUAAGUGCAUCUACUGUGGACUUUGCCAAGAGGCAUGUCCUGUUGAUGCUAUUGUUGAAGGACCAAACUUUGAAUUUGCCACUGAGACUCAUGAGGAGCUGCUGUAUGACAAAGAGAAGCUGCUUGAGAAUGGUGACCGAUGGGAAACUGAGAUUGCAGAGAAUCUCAGAUCUGAAAGCCUUUAUCGCUGAUGCUGCCCCUGCCAUCUUUCCUCCUUGCUCUGAACAGCAACUGUUGCUUUUUUAGUUUCUGAAAAAAUAAGAUGAUUGAUGCAUGGUCUUGCAUGUACUAUGUAUUUUGGGCAUUUUGACUUUGUUAAUGUAUCCUGGUGAAUUAUGUUGUUGUUGCUACUUUUGAUGGCAAUGGUGGAUGAAAGAAUCCUAUGUUCAGGGAACAAAUUUUCAAUUUGUAAAACUUUACCCGAGGAGAAAUAGCAAGAUUUUUUGUUCUUUUUGUUUUUCGUUUGAA